CUCAUUGUGUAACCUGUUGUACUCUAUUCGCCUGUUUUUAUUCCAUUUCCACACUCUCCAUUUGGAUAUAAAUACACAUUUCCCCUUCUGGGUUUUCUUCAUUGUAUCACCUCUUCUCUCACUUUGCCAUUAGGUAUAGACUGAGAGGGAAAAAAAAUGAGCCAUUCACAUAAUACCAUGGGCUCAGGUAGUAGAACUGCUAGAAGGACAUUUGAUUUUGGAAGGACACAUGUUGUUCGACCUAAAGGGAAACACCAGGCAACUAUAGUAUGGCUUCAUGGCCUUGGUGACAAUGGCUCGAGCUGGUCCCAGCUCUUGGAAAGUCUUCCUCUUCCAAAUAUAAAAUGGAUUUGCCCAACUGCUCCUACUCGUCCUGUGGCUUUACUUGGGGGAUUUCCUUACACAGCAUGGUUUGAUGUUAGUGAGCUGUCAGAAAAUGGUCCAGAUGAUUGGGAGGGUUUAGAUGCCUCAGCCGCUCAUAUUGCAAACUUGUUGUCAACAGAGCCAUGUGAUGUUAAGGUCGGAAUUGGAGGCUUCAGUAUGGGUGCUGCAAUGGCACUGUACUCUGCAACUGCUUGUGCUCUGGGAAGGUAUGGAAAUGGCAAUCCAUACAACAUCAACCUAAGGGCAAUUGUUGGACUAAGUGGAUGGCUUCCUGGUUCAAGGUGCUUAAGGAACAAAAUAGAAGUAUCACAUGAAGCUGCACGGCGCGCAGCUUCAUUGCCAAUUAUGCUUGGCCAUGGAACUUGUGAUGAUGUUGUCCCUUACAAACAUGGAGAAAUAUCUGCCCAUUCCUUGAAUGUAGCCGGAUUUCGAAACCUCACUUUUAAAGAUUAUGAAGGGAUUGGUCAUUACACAAUCCCUAAAGAGAUGAAUGAGGUCUGCAAUUGGCUUACAGCAAGACUGGGGCUUGAGGGAUAACGCUAAAUAUAGCAGAGUCGGGGAGCAAUAACGGUGAAAAGAGAGAAGACUGAAUAUGUUACAAGUAGGUAGUAAAAAAAAUGGAUUGUUAGGGUAUAUGGUAUACUUGAAUUAGCCCUCUUAAAUCCCUUUUAGUCUGUUUUACCUCGCCUUAAAAAUAAAAGAGUUUCGGAUGUAGGAGGUAGAUUGUAAUAGCCUAGUGAGUCUGUUGUACUUUUGAGACCAUUUUGGUAUUAGUUAAUGUGAUAUAUACUGAUAUUCGAAA